UAAUUUACUUUACAAUAACUUACCUAUUGUAAUUAUUUAUGGUGUUAAGGUAAACAAAGUUCUCUUAAGAAUAGAAUAGAAUAUAAAAAAUGUCUUCAUUUUUGUGUUUUAUAUGUCAUAGCACAGUAAAUUCUGAUACAAAUGAAGAAAUCAGAGAAAAAUACAGAGAAGUCAUCGGAAUGAAUCUAUGUUCAGAUUCACAUCUAUGUCACAUCUGUUGCCACAUUCUAAAUAAACUAGCCUGGUUCAGAUCCAUAUGUCUAAAAAGAAGUUUGGAGUAUCCAGUACUAUUUCGUGAAAAAGGUACAUUAAAUCUACAAAGAACUGAUAUAGAUUUACAAAUAUUAUGCACAGAUAACGAAUGCCAAGAUAUAAAUAAUAAAAAAUAUAUUAACUAUAUAAAUAGUCAAAGCGAUCAAGAAUAUAUAAAAUUAGAAGACGAACAAACUGACAGUAUAUCUUUGGUAGACAGUGAACAUAAUGAUUCUAUCAAAUUCGACAAUAAUUAUUACAAUGAUAAAGAACAAUUUAAUGAUGAAAAUAAUGAUAGCAAUGAAGAAAUUGACGUAACCUUUGAUAAACAAGAUCCACAAUCAGAAGAUGUUAAUAUUAAAAAGAAAAUGAAAAAAUCAAAGAAGAAAGGUUUCGAAAAGAUUGUAUUAAGUGUAGAACAACAGAAAGCUGAAUUAGAAAGGAAUAGAAAACAAAAGAAUUAUUUGGAAUCUGAAUUCAAAUGUUUUAACUGCGCUUUGGGUUUUUUAUUCAAAGAUACAUAUCAGACUCAUAUGAUGAGACAUGAAGAGUCUAAUGGUGAAUACCGUUGUUCACUUUGCACUCUUCGUUUCGCAACUCACGCGGUACUUCGUUCACAUACAGCGUUACAUUCAGAGAGAUAUCGUUGUAUACGUUGUGAUGCGUUACUACGUCCCAGAGCGAGAACGAAGCACGCUGGGGAGUGUUACAAAAGUGUUGGAGGUGAUUAUGUCGCGUGUCAUUUGUGUGCUAAUCUGUUCAAGGACACAAGUGGAUUACAACAGCAUUUGAGACGGGUACAUAAUUCUCGCACUGGCAGGGUUUUCCCUUGUUCAGUGUGUGGGGAGACAUGUCGUAACCAGGCAGCUGUCAGAACACAUAUGUUAAAGCAUUUAAAGAAGAAAUUCUCAUGUGAAAUAUGUUCAGCGGUAUACAGCAGUCCGUACACACUGAACCAGCACAAGAAGAGACAUCAGAUGACAGGGGAGAGACAUUACUGUACAACUUGCGGACUGAGCUAUUCCACAAGGAAGAGUUUGUUAGCACAUAGACGUAACAGUUUAAAUCAUCAACAAACUGUUUUCGAAUGUGGCAAAUGCCCUCGUGUACUACCUCACAAGAGGGCGCUGGAGUGUCACGAGAGGAGAGCGCACUCCGACACUACACUACAGAAAACUACCUCUAGACGACUACCUGCUGAUAGACGUGUCUGUCAUCUUUGCGGGAAAAGUUUUAAGGGUAACAGCAAACUAAAUAGACAUCUGAAAGAAGUUUGCGAGAAAAGAGCGGACGAACAAUCUGUAGGACUUUAUGAAUAAACUAGCGAUCGCCGGCGACUCUAUCCGCAAGGAAUUAAAAAAAAAUGUCUAUGUGCUGUUCCAGACUAUGUUCUACAUCUAUGACAAAUUUCAGCAAGAUCUAUGCAGCCGUUCUGGAGAUAACUUCUAACAAACAUACAUCCAAGAAAGUACAGAUUUGAGCAAAAAAUUUGAGCUCGAUCUACAAUUAAUUUGAAAAUAAAAUUCAUUAUAAUAAUAUCGUGUUUUUCUGACCUUACUUUUGUCGAUUUGAUAGUUGUGACGUCACAAAAUUAGAAUUUUAUUCCUCUUUCCCUUACCAUUCUUAUAAGGAAAGGAUGGGAAAAGGAAA